AUGCAGGGCGUGCCGGCAUUUCUGCGGCCCGGCAUACGGCAAGCCUACACCUUCUCUCUCCGAGCCUUGCGCGACGCACACUCGCGAGCCGGCGAAGUACAACAAGCCCGAGCUUGGAAGCUGUUCCUACUGGUCCCGCGCCUGCUUCUCUGCCGCGCGCGGGUUGCGGGCUCAACCGGACGCGAGGCGCUGCUCCAACGAGUGCGCGACUUCCUGGCCGGGCGCUGGACUGCCCUGCUCGCAGCAGCACGCGAUGCUGCAGACCAGCUCGGCCCUGCCCCAACAGCCCAUGCCGACGAUGACGCUGCGAGCCUCCGACGCCGGGAGGCCGCCUGCGCGCACGCGCCCACCUGCCCUGCUUACCGAAAUCCCCGCAGACGUGCGCGACCUCCAACCCUCGGUCAGGCUUUGCGUUCCUCCAGGCGCGGGACCGCUGCCGGCCUAUCAGGCGCGACGUGCAAGCACUACAAGGUCCUGCUCGACGACGCUGAAGCCCUCGAGCUGUUCGCGCAUGCUGCGAACCUGCUCGCCUCAGCGCAAAUCCCCGCCAACAUCGCUGCUGCACUUGCCGUCUCCCGCCUUACAGCGCUCGUGUCGCGAUGCUUGGCACGCCAAUAUGCCGACACGUUUGACCAGGCCACCCGCCCUUACCAAUUCGCCCUUCAGACACGUGCCGGCACUGACGCUUUAUCUGGUAUGCUGCGUGCUGCCAUCGACCUUGAUGCCGACGCCACGAUCGUCUCAUUAGAUGGCCGCAGCGCUUACGACACCAUCUCUCGCGCCGCCUUCCUGUGCGAAGCUAUCGCUCACAACCCCUGA